CCUCAGACUGUUCUUAAAUUCAAACCCUUGUUCAGUUUUUCUGAAUCAUAAUUCUUUCACAGGCUUUAGAAAAACCUACUAAGGUUUUCCUGAAAGAGCGGAGGCUUGUGAGGUUGCACGGGGAUCAGAAGUCCCGCCCAGAGGUUACUGUGGUAAUAUAGCUUGGAAACAGCUGUGUGUUCUUCCUGCAAAAAACUCCCUCCAUCUCCUAGUUACAGGGAAGUUGUCUGACUGCCCCACCUCCAGCAGUCUGGUAAACUCUCCCGUAUCCUAUCCAUGCCUGUGGAGCUGCUGCAUUUAUUUCAGUGCUGCCUCUUGAAUCCACACUCUACAAUGGCUCACCAUGCUUGACUUCCUAUCCACAGAACAGCAGAGCAGCACUAGAAUGCAGCCCCCGAUUGUUUCUGCUAGUGACUGUUCUCUUUUCCUCUGCUCCUUUAAGAAAAGCAAGGCAGCCAUCAGGCUGAAAGAGGAUAUGAAGAAAGUGGUCUCGCGGCCUGCUAGAGGGCAGCCCCCCAUACAGUGCAAGAAAGUGUUUGGUGUGCAACUUAAGGAUCUCCACGUGAAUGGAUUAGUGACUGAAGGCAUCCCAACUUUGGUGUGGAACAUAGUGGAGUACUUACGCACCAUAGGAAUGGACCAAGAAGGACUUUUUAGAGUUAAUGGAAAUGUCAAAAUGGUUGAACAGCUGAAGCUUAAGUAUGAAAGUGGAGAGCAGCCAAUACUGGGAGAAGAAAUGGAUGUCCAUUCUGCCGCCAGUCUCCUUAAGCUUUUCCUCAGAGAGAUGCCGGAUGGCGUGAUCACCACUGCAUUACUUCCCAAGUUUAUUGAGGGUUACCAAAGCCGUGGAAGUGACACACAGAGGGAGAGCAGUUUAAAGGACCUACUGAAGCAACUGCCUGACUCACAUUACAGUCUAUUAAAAUAUCUAUGCCAUUUUCUGACCCAGGUGGUUGAGCAUUGUGGGGAGAACCGAAUGAAUGUUCAUAAUCUAGCAACUGUGUUUGGACCUAGCUGCUUCCAUGUCUCCCCAGGGCCAGAAUGUAUGAUGCAGCAGAACAUAUGUAACAAGAUCAUGGAAAGGCUGCUAGAAGAUUAUACUAAAUUCUUUGAAUGUGAGGCCAUAAAAAAAGCUCAGCUACCAGAAGAAACGGCAAGAAUUAUUACAGUAAAAGAAUAUAAUCCAGACCAACAUUUUCACCCUCUGUGUAUUGAAGAAAAAGAAACUCUUUCUCGUUCCCCACAUAUAAAGAAAUAUACUGUGGAUCAGACUAACUCUCCAGAGUGUCUGGAGACAAGAGAGGUUCCUUAUCAUUCUCCACAGGCAAAGGAAAAUACUAUGAAUGCAGUAGUUGAACCAACAUACAGAGGAUUCGAUAAGCCUAAAGUAGCUUCUCCAAGAAGAAAGAGAGAUGCUUUGGAUGCAGUAGUGAAGGAAGCAAAGAAUGGUGGAUUUGAAAAACAUAAACUUUCUCCAAGAAGAAAGGAUGAUGUAUUCGGCAAUGAAAUAAAGAAUGGGGAAAUAGAUAUGCCUAAUACCACCCCAAGAACUGAGGAAUUAGUUCUGUUUGGAAUAGCCAAGGAGACAAAGAAUGAGGCAGUGACUAAGCCCAAAGUUUCUCCAAGAACUAAGGAAGAUAUUCAAAAUGAAAUGCCCAAGGAAGCAAAAAAUGGGGAAUUUGAUAAGCCUACAAUUUCUCCAAGAACUAAGAAAUUUGUUGUGGAUGAAAUAGCCAAGGAAACAAAGAAUUGGGGAUUUGAUAAGCCUACUGCUCCUGGAACUAAGGAAGAUGUUCUGGUUGUAAAAGACAAGGAAACCAGAAAUGGGUCACUCAGUAAGCCUAAAACUUCUCCUAGAAGACAGGAGAUUGUUGCAGUUUCACCAGUCAGACCAACAACUUAUGAAGAGAAUGAAGCAACUGGUUCCUCCCCAAGGACAAAGCUUUACAAGCCUAAGACCAAGACCUUGAUUCAAGAAUUCUCUGUGCUUACACCUAAAACAUCAGAUGGCACACCUCAACCCAGCCUUCAUGUGAAACCUCGAAUCGACUUCUCUGAGGACAUGGACCUGUUAGAUAGCCUUUGUUUUGUAAACAGCAGUACAGACUCUCUUCACAGUUCUCAAGAUGAUGAACGUCCCAUGUCACCCUUUUACGUGAGUGGUCACGUGGCUCAAGUCAACGUUCCUGCUGACCGAGAACUUCUGGAGAGGACUAUUAGAACAGCAGUGGAACAGCAUCUAUUUGAUGUUCUUGGUGGAGGAACCCAAAGUUCUGAGGAAUCUGAGUCUGGUACAUCAUCGCCAUCUACCAGCUCGUCUGCCAGGCAGAGGAGGAGACAUUUGAAAGAACAAGAUGAGAUCCGGAAAAAACCCAGAGACAUGGAAAUAAUUAACAAGGAAAACAUCCCCUCAGGUUGUGGAAGCUUUGAUGCUUGUGGCCUUGCACAAGAAGCAGAGAAACUCCAGGAAACCUGUUCUGGGUACACUGAGGAAAGGAGCAAGCCAAAGAGGCAGAAAUCAAGCAGCAAGCUUUCUGAGCUCAAUGAAAAUCAAGAUAGCCCACUGAGCGCAGAAAACUUUGUUACAUCAAGAAGUGUAGACAUACAAGAGCUUACUGGCAUGGAAGUACUGGCAGAAGCAAGUAGCAAAGAAAUGGACAGUGAUCAAGAAUAUUCAAGGAUAUCCCCGCCAGCAAAAAUGAAAAUUCAGGAACAAAAGAAUAAUUCUGAAUCAAGACCACAAAGAAGGCUAGAGGCUGAAGAGAGCUUUGUUCCCGAGGUGCCUCGGCUGGAUCUCACUUCACUGUGUGAUGACAAUAACUGGGAAGAACCAGUUCCAGCCUUGACUUCAUGGGAGCAGGACGGAAGAGACUCCGAUGAGGCCCGGUUGUCUCCUCAGGCAGGGCGCCUUAUUCGCCAGCUUCUUGAAGCUGACAGUGACCCUAUGUUGUCUCCUCGUUUUUAUGCCUAUGGCCACAGUCAACAAUAUCUUGACGACCCUGAAGUGCCUCCUUCACCACCAAAUGCACAUUCUUUUAUGAGCAGGAGGCGCAGCUCUUCACUGGGUUCACAUGAAGAGGAUAGAGAUGAGGACCUUACACCAGCUCAACUCACCCGCAAAAUUCAGAGCCUCAAAAAGAAAAUCCGCAAGUUUGAAGAUAAAUUUGAGGAAGACCGAAAAUACAGACCAUCGCAUCGGGACAAAGCUACAAACCCUGAAGUAUUAAAAUGGAUGAAUGAACUGGCAAAGUUCCGGAAGCAGCUGAAAGAGACUAAAAUCAAGCUUUCAGAAGAUGACCUUGUUCCUCAGAUGCGCCAGAGAAGCAAUACACUACCAAAAAGUUUUGGCUCUCAGCUUGACAGAGAGGAGGAAAAGAAACCAGAGACGGUGGAAAAGCCUGCCAAGCCCUCGAUGGAAGCAACAAUGGAGGCAAUCCAAAAAAAGCUUCAGGAAAAAAGGAAUGAAGUCAACCGGCCUGAGGACAUAAAGGAUAUGACUAGAGAUCAGAUUGCAGCGGAGAAAGUGUCUCUUCAGAAAGCUUUACUUUAUUAUGAAAGCAUUCACGGCAGGCCGGUAACCAAGAAUGAGAGACAAGUAAUGAAACCAUUGUAUGACAGAUACAGACUGUUUAAGCAGAUUCUCAGUCGGGCAAACACUAUCCCAGUCAUUGGAUCACCCUCAAGCAAGCGGAGAAGCCCUUUGCUGCAACCAAUUAUCGAGGGUGAAACUGCAUCCUUCUUCAAGGAGGAAGAAGAGGAAGGAUCUGAAGAUGACACUAAUGGCAACACAGAUUUCACAGUUACAAUGAAGCCUGGAUUCAGUGUGAGAACAUUUUUGGAGCAGCUAGAUGAUGAUGCAGAUGGCUUCGUGUCACCAGUGGAUGACAAUAUUCCUUCCAAAAGCAGCCAAGAUCUUGGACUCGGCAACCUUCAUUCCGCAUCAAUCCCAGAGCUUUUAGAGCAGCUACAGGAAGCAAGGGAAGAAAAAAAGAGGAUCAGAAAAGUGCUGAGAGAUUUUGAAGAUAAUUUUCUGAAGCAAAAUGGAAGAAAUGUACAAAAAGAAGACCGGAACCCCAUGGCUGAAGACUACAUCGAGUACAAGCAUGUUAAAGCCAAAAUUCGUUUGUUGGAAGUCCUAAUAAACAAAAGGGGUGUUUCCCAGACCAUGUGAUUACUGAGUACACUUUCCAGAAUGCAAGCAGUGCACAUCCCAAGGCUGCACUACAUUGUGUCUAGCAGGUCGCUUUGAGUUCUAGGCAGAGUACCAUGCGUCUCUGUUGAACACCAAACCCUGCUUCACUAUAAGGGAGCACCCUUCUCCUGAUUAAGGAUGGCUGUGACUGUGUGUCUUAUUGACCCCUAUGUCUUGCUAUGUGAAUUGACUGCUUUUACAAUCCUCUACUCACCAUGAAUGUGCAGUUCUUGGAAUCAUAACUGCCUCUUGAACUGGCUUCCACUUGAUUAUGUGUGGGUAAGAAAUUAAUGGUCCAUAAAGCACUUGACUGCUCUUAGCAAAAAAAGAGGGACCAAUUUUGUAUAACAAAGCCAUUUCAGCUGCUUUACUACAUGAUCCAGAGCAAAUGUACAUGAAAACUACAAUCUGCGCACAGAGAAUAUAUGUUCUACGGAUGAUACUAAGCAUUAUGUUUGUCGUUUUAAGGACUACUGCAGUAGUUUUGUUUGUACUGCUUGGAUACAAGCCACUACUUGUCACAGCUCAGCCACUGUUGGGACUGGCAUUCUGCUGGGUGAUAUUUCUCUAAUCUGUUAUGAUAUCAUGUUGCACUGAUGGACAGCAGGGGCUAAACCGUGAUCUUCUCCAUUAUAAUACAAAGAACUGAAAUGUGGGCUGCUAAAUUUGGCACACAUAUCACAAUGUACUGUCCCAUUUAACACUACCUGGACCCCAGGCAUGGGAAUGCCCACAUUAUCCAACUGGAAUUCUUGGCCUUCUGUGUUAAGUGAGGAAGACUGUCCUUUUUAACCUCCUCAAAGUCUGGCCUUUUUUACAGCAAAAUUGUGUUUGGUGGCCUCCCUGAGGAUCAUAUCUGUAAGGAGUAUAUUAUGGAGCUACAUAUCGGCAUUUUAAUCAGCCGCUGGACUUAGCACCAAUGGCAUCUGAUGGACCAUUUUUAAAAAAACAAAGUGAUCUUUCUAGAUCUAAUUAACCCUUUAAUCAGAUAAUAGAUUAUGAUUCUGUUAAUAUAGGCCUUGGGGUUACAGGCGUGCAAAAUUCCCCCCUCCCCUUUCCCUUUUUGCAGCAUGCACUUUCUUUUUUAUAAUAUGUGAUGCAUUCUAUAGAUAUAUAUAGAUAUAGAUUCCCACCUCUCGUGAUCCUUGAACACAGCCUGUGGUGGAUCUUUUGCUUUUCAUACAAAUCCCUGUACCUCUUUUUAACCACUGUUAGAUAAUGUGGACAUUUGGCUUUUGACGCUGCCCUGCAGUGCAGAGACAGGGUGUGGUCAUUGUUCCACUCGUGUAGCGGCUACUGGAAUCUAUAAAAUGGCUUUAUAAUAAAUGGUACUUUGAUAAUUCUAAUUUCUGCUAUACGUGGUACAUCCAUAUACAAUGCUGUUUGUGUUGUCCAUAUUUUCAAGGUACUGCUUCUCAGUAAAGACACCAAUGCAACCCUUAUCGUCUGCCCUUUAUCCAGAUGUAUUUAGCUAUUCUUUUCAAGCCAUUACAAUAGUUAUAUAUAAAGUGAAGUUUUCCACAUUAAGCAUCCCUUACUGCAGCAUACUUAAAUAUAAUCUAACUAUUAAAUAAUAAGUAAAUAUUACAUGCUUGAAACAUUGUUGGAAGUAGUUUUUGCAUUUUCUGUUAGAGCAUUAAAAUCUGGUCUUGUUUUGUUUUUUAUUUUUUUCUAAUAUUUACUUUUCCCGUAGGGCUUUUGUAUAAUUUGCUAUGUACAGCAGCCCAGUGCAGCUAAAUGAUCGGCUCCCAGUACUCGCAUGGUAUUUUAGGGUUAGUCCUCCUUACCUGUAUUGGUAACCCUGGGGCAUGGGCAUAACGGGAGCCAGAGACUAAGGGAAUUACAGAAUUAUUUACUAGGAACAUGAAGGGUAUUCUAGUAAAGAUGGGGCUGCAAAAGAACAAUAACUAUGAUUUUUUUCUUGAGGUUCUCUUUUAAAGGAACUGCCGUUUUAAGUCACCAAGGAGUUUCAUGACCAUUUAAAAGCACAAGGCCAAAGGCCUUCUGCAUAAUCCAUAGAAUAACAAAACAUGGUUACAUUUAGAUAUUAUAGUAUAUGGCAUUGCUGCAUGUCACAGCUUUCUGGAUAAUGAAUGUCUAUAUAAUAGAUCCAAUACCUGUACUAAACUGUUACCCUUAAAUGUUUAUCAAAUCAAGCUGUGUUUGGAAGACAUUUCUUUAUAUUGUGCUCUCUCCAAUGUGCAUAAUUAGGAUGACUGGGAGCAAACUAUGGUGGGGACCAGUCACCCCCAAAAGUGCUCCAUCACAUGACUAAAGGCAGGAACAUCAUUUGUUGUUGGUACUUCUCACAAUAAACUGUGGGACAGACAGAUACAUAAUUCACACAUAACACAGAAUUCAGGCUUCUGCUCAAAGCUUUUUACAAACUGCACACUCAUUGUUUUUUGCUUUAGAAGGGUAUUAGGAGAAUCAUUUAAAAAAUGCAAAUAUUUUACAUUGUUGUAGUGGCUGAAAACCAACUUGCGUUUCUAAAAUGACUCGCAUGAUAUUGGCUGCAUUUAUAUCCCCCCCCCCCCCCUCUUGUUCAGGCUUUAUAGAGACUUUCCUAAAUCUGGAGAGAGAAUGACCUAAUGAAUUCUAAACUUACAGCAGCUUUGAACUGUCAGGAUAGUCUGAUUAUCAGUAAAAGAUGACAUUCGGAAAUUCCUUAUAAUGGCUAAUUAUAUUCAUUUGGAAUAAUCCAGUUACCAUGUUUGAUAGAUUCUUUAGUUUUGUGGUUGUUGUUUUCCGAGGCUUGUAAGGAAAUCUGUACAAUAAGACAUUUCUGAAGGAUAGAAAAAUAGUUCUAGAGACGUUGGCUUUUUUGCAUUGUUUACCUCUGUUUUGUUUCCAAAUGAAAUAUUAUAUAUUAUAUUCCCUAUUUAAAAUGGCAAAUCUUUCCUGUAUUCAGCAUUAUUUAUGAUCAUUGGCAAAUCAGUUUGAUGCUCACAAAUUGCGAAUUGCCCACAUUGUGAAUUGUCUAAAAAUCUGCAAAGAAUCAUCUCUGCGAGCCAUUAUUUCUAUUUAUGAUUGUGUUUAAUCAGAACUUUCUUUGAAACCCAACAGUUUAUACAUCCAUCUCUUCUUGCAGAAGGGUUAAAGGAUUAUCAGUUUACUUGUUGUUAUGGUGCUGGUUUAGGAUGCCAGAUUUGGGGGCCACUUUUCCAAAACUUACACUAAAUGAUUUAGGAAUUUUGGCCCAAAUAAGUCAGUUUCCUAGACAUACCAUGAUCAUGUGGGUUUGGCUCCUAUAUGUGGCGCUAUUUGAUAUCAUUUUUUUCACCUUGACCAAUUUUGGAUGGAUGUGAGUGUUACAUAAAAUGUACAAUGUAUCUAAAAACAUUUUUGUUUUUCUUUAAAUAAUGUAUAAUUUAAAAUGGGUUCAACUGACCAUGAAUGAUACCUAAGAUGGCAAAUGUACCAAACAUAGGUUUAUAUGCAAGUCGAUUUUAAGCGUUUUAUAUGGUAUUUUCCCAUCAGUUCUCACUGGAGACCAAGGGUUGAAGGCUAAGAUGUCUCCCUUUGGCUGGCAUUGAAAUAAUUAUUUUUUUAAAUGUGCAGGCAGUGUUUUUAUAUAUUCAACACAUAGGCUGUUGACUUGAUUGGAAUCAUAGGAGCAGAAUAUUGUUUCUCAGCCUGAGCAAGUGUCAUAUUGACCCUAAGAUAUGGGAGGAUCUUUAGCUUACUAUUUACUCUGGGCAAGAAAUUUUUUUCAAAGAAAAACUUGAUGACACAAUUGGUUUAAUAACUCUCUUCCCUGUGCUGCCAAAUUGUACUUUUUAUUAUUUAUUAAAUACAUGCUUUUUGGAGAAGCCACUACUUUUAUAAAAUCAGUUCACCUGACCUAUCAAUAGAUAUUGUGAGUUUUGAGUGGAUUUGUGGCUAUACUUGCUUUUGAUUUAAAUCAAUUGGGCUUACAAAUAGAAAAA